UAUAUUUGUCUGAAGUUUUUAUGAACACGCAGUGUUGCCUUUUUAAAGAGUAGCAAAACAACAGCACUGAAGAGGAAAGUAUGAGGAGCGGGUGGACACCGAGGACUUCCUCGCUGUAAAGAGGGACAUGGACAGGUCUGGAGGGCUGCUGGCUAAAGCUUUGUACGAUUACCAGGGCAAUGGACCCGGAGAGCUCACCAUGAAAUCCGGCGAUAUGGUUGGCCUGCGCUGGAGAGUGGAUGACAAUUGGUAUUAUGGUGAUAUUAAAGGGAGCAGUGGACUUGUACCCGUCAGCAUGGUGCAGGUCCUUGGCGAUCAAACGCAGCCUGUGCCUUUGUGCCGCGCUCUCUACGACUUCAACCUGAACAGGCUGGAUCCAGAUGACAGGAAGGAGUGUCUGGCUUUUAUGAAGGGAGACGUCAUUACCGUGAUUAAGCGAGUGGAUGAGAACUGGGGUGAAGGGAAGCUGGGAGACAAGAUUGGAAUCUUUCCUUUGCACUUUACAGAGCCAAAUCCGACUGCGAUCAAACUCCUGGCGAGUGAUUUGGCAGAAUUUCAUCCACGGAACGUGAGAGAGAGCAGCAGGAGGGUGAGCCUAGAUGCAGGCAGCCACAGACGGCUCUCCAGGACGCAGGCGAGCGCGGCCAGGCCUCCCGAUGUCAACGUCCUGAACACUCUGAACCACGGUCAGAUCCAGAGCUCAACAGCUCCUAGUGCUCCUCUAAAGCCCGGCCGAACCUCCACCGUCUCCAAACUGCGCUCUGGAAACACUCGGAGAAGCCUGUCAAAGGGUGAAAGAAAGAUGAACGGUGAAGCUCCUCCAACAAUCACCAUGGCUCUCAUCAACCCACAGGCUCCUCCACCACAAGCCGAGAACAAACAGUCCCCCAUUCAACAACUUUCCAUCAGUGUGUGUGCUGCCCUGUAUUCAUACACUCCCCAUCGUGCUGAGGAGCUGGAACUGAGCAAAGGUGAGAUGGUAGGGGUUUACGGGAAGUUUAAAGAGGGCUGGUUACGCGGUCUCUCUCUUAAGUCUGGCAAAGUGGGCAUCCUGCCUGCCAACUACGUCACACCUGUUCUAAGAACUUCUGCAGUGUUUCUUGAGCAGCCGAAGCUUGCUGUUCCCAGUGCACCCAUAGCAUCAGCAAAGAGAUACACACCCCAGAAUCCCCAGGCAGCAUCACUGCCUCUGGACAAAGUAAAGGUUGAAGUUGCUGCUCCAGUCGGUGCCAUGCCCCCACAGGCAGCUGUACCAUCUGGCAGUGCAGCAAAAGCUCCUCAGGCAGGAGGAAAACAGGGCUGGGACACGGUCAGACGAGCCUUCCAGACUCCACAUAGAGGUUCAUUCCGGCAUAAGAGCUACCAUCCCCCAAAUCCAGGUUCAAGCCUUCAUCCUCCACCUCAGGAUUUGGGACAGAUCUAUGGCUUUGGUCGCUCUCCCGUCCUUCCCAGGAGGAGAAAUGGUUUGUUUACGAAUCCCAUCAGGUCACAGCACUGGACUUAUGAAGGAACAACACCCUCUGGUGGUGCAUACCAGGCAAUGGAUGCCAGAUAUCCAGUUCUGAAAGAGACUUCCAUGGCUCCUCAGUCUAUUCUGAUAAAACCAGAUACUCACAGGCACAACAUGGAAAAGCCUGUGAAGUCCGUGAGGUUCUUGACUGAAGAAGUCCCCCAAACCACAAUGAGGUUGGCGUCCGUGUCGUCUGGAACACAGGUCAUGGGUAACUCUCAGAGUGGUUCUGCGGCUCUGGAGCACUGGAACCCAUCAGCCAUAAUAGGUCGGGAUGGAAGUGCCUCAGUUCUUAAAGACACAAAGACGAUCAUGCAAAGAAAAGGUCCUGGUCAGAAUAAUGUCACUGGCGAUGGUCUGCCUUUAAGUACAAAACUGUACACCGUCAACAACCAGUCCAGUCCCAUCAGACACAAGGUGUUGAUGGCAUAUAAUGCAAAGACUGACGCGGAGCUAAACCUGCUGGAGGGAGAGCUAGUCCUGGUCCAAAAGCCUCGGCCAGAUGGGAGAGUUCUGGUGAAACAGGAGAUCACUGGUGUAACUGGCCUCUUCCAAAACAGUAUUCUGGACAUAUUGGACAAAGUUGCUUGAGUGUGUGUUUGUGUUCACAAUCUGCUAUCAAACAGAACACCCUAAGUGUUGCUUUUGGAACCAUGUAGAACAAGUCAUCCGCGUAAGAAAAGCAAUAUGCUCUUUGUCUAUUUGAGUGUGUUUUAGUGUACGGCAUGCCUCAUCUAACUACAAACACACAUCCCAGAUCCUCCUCAAAUUCACCCUGUGUGAUUGGUCACUUCUGGGACAUACCACUGCCUUUACUUGGGGUUAUGAAGGUCACGUGCACAUUAGGAUAAAGGCUUUUUAAUACACUGAUAUGGACAAGGGCAGCCGUUUCAGACUCCCAUCCUAAAGGGCCAGAGUUUAAUUCCUUUUUACCUGAUUGAACUUAUCAGGUAGUAGGCAUGAAUUGAGUGUGUUUGUAAAAGACAAGCACACAUGUCUAUAAGGUGAUGGUUAUUGAAGGUUUGUGUUUGACACUGCUGAGCUGUCUCAGAUCAUGUACAUGACAUUGUAUUUAAAUUAUACACUACUAGUGUAUUAGUACUAGUCUGUAGGACUUUGUUGGUUUGUACGUGAAAAAUUUGCACUUAUUAAAAAUGCACCAUGUGGUACUGCGAUGAGUUGCUAUCUAAUGAUUGCUAUCUGUCCAUCAUUUGUGUUUGUACAGCUCACUAACAAUUGCACUUUUGAAAUGAAGACAAACCUGCUGUCCUGUUGGAAUACGGUAGCCAUUUUGAUUCUAUCCAGUAGCUGAUACAUGCCCUAUUUUCUGUUUUAUGGUGCUUGAUGGGACAGGUUGGUGUAAAAAUGUUCAUCAGUGCAGACAUAAUUUAUUUAGCAAAUAUUAUCCGUCACCCAAUUGUUUUAUAGCACUUCAUUUAUUUGUAUUUCUCUGUGUGAACACACUACACUGUUUAUAAUUAUUAUUAUUAUUAUUAUUAACAACUCUAAAAGGAUGGUGGUGGGAUGUAGGGGACGUCCACAGCUCUUCUUUUUUUUUUCUACUUUUUUGGGGGUGGCUUUGGAUGAAGAGUCUUGUGCUGAUAGAGAUUUUAUUUUAUUUUAUUUUAGAUGUAGUCCAUUUAUAGUUAAGAUUUAACACUGAAACUCCCAGGAGCUGCUUACAAAUCCAAAUGCACACUAAUGCCUUUCCUAUGGAUUGGAUUGGAAACAGCCCAAUCUGGCAACCUGGAUUUCUAUAUAACCACGCACUUUACAUUCUACCUUUACUGCUUUAUUAAGUACAUGCAAAAGAGAUUUGUUGCUAAUUUUAUUAUUUUAUUUAAACCGGGGGAAUGCCAUCCUUCAAAUCCUUCUUCAUACCAAGACUUGAGUGCAUACUUGUAUGUAUGUGAUUUGAGAUUGUCUCAGAGCAGAAGAUCCUGUUGUUUAAAUGCAGUACAUGUGGGAUACUUUUGUCAAUAUAACACUGUAAAUCCUGUGAAACUGGCACAAUUUAAUUGACAGCAACCCCUGCUCGUUUAUUUUUUUAGUAAAGAAAUAAAUUAUCUAUGAUUAAAACAA